UGUAUCUUGUGUCUCGUAUCUUGUAUCUACACAUUACAUAAGUUAUGGAGUUAUCUUGGAACUUGUCUCUGCUGGUCGCCUCUUUGUUGCUCUUAGCUCAAGUAAUGGCAAUGCCAACAACUACGACUCCAACCACAACAUCGAAACCGAUAUUGAUUGUCAGCAGCGAAGAGGAGCCGCUGCCCAUGAUGUAUCAUUUCAUUGUGGAUCAUCGUCCCACAUCUCUGGGCCAGAACUACUACAUCAAGCCAGGGCAAAUGGUGGGCAUGUUUAAUGUGGAUUCGGACAUGUUGCAGGUGCGACACGAGGACAGCAAGCGCAACAUCAGCAGCAAGCUGAACAUUCUAUUUGUCGCCAGUGCCAAGGAAGAUGAAGCUACCACUAGUCCUUCAUUGAGUUGGCAAUAUUGAUCUAAAAGGUGCCAGAUUGCCAGAUUGCUAACCACGGCUGUCAUAUCAUACAUUUAUCAUGCAAGGUGUAUUCAUAUAAGGUGACGUCUUUGACAUUGUUGCUUUCGUUGAGGUACCUAUUUUGACAGUUACUCUAAGAAUUGAGGGAGCAAUUUUAAAAGCUUAACUACCUCAGCUGUCAACGAAGACGUCACCUUAUAUAAAUACAGCUUGAUAUCAUGUACCUCAUUUUAGAUAAGAAUGUUUCAAUGUCGAAUUAAGUGUAUUAAAUAUUUUAUAUGGUACAGAAUAAAAUUUUCUUUAGUUUGGUCUUAAACAAA